AUAAAAGUAUGGAGACUGGGUUGAGUCCAAAUAAGAGCCGUGGAUGGAUAAAGAGUGAGUAUUAAAGGACAGAACAAAGAAGUUUCAACCAGCUUCCCCAAGUGAUCGCCCUGACGCUUGGACAACAAGAAGCUCUUGUAGGUACUCAAGGAAUCCCUGUAAAUUAUGGAGUGGUAUAUUUUGGUGUUGAUGCUGAGCUUGCCAACCUUGAGUCAGGCAGAUUGUUCAGCGCAAUGCCUGAGAUGCGCGCAACAGAUCUCCGACCUGGACUCUGCAGUGAACCGCUUGACUUGUACUUUAGAAUGUGAAGGAGUAGUCCCAUCUUCUAGUACACUAGACAGAUGUGAGAAAGCUUUACAGGAGCUCUCAGAUGAAUUAGCGGACCUCAACCCAGACGCUGACAGCGAACGAAGAGCGCUAAACGCGGAGGAUCUCCAAGACAAGGCAUCCAAUUUGGUCAAACGAUACGGGGGAUUCAUCAAGAGGAUCGAUAAGAAUAAAAAUAAAUUUUUUGGCUCACCCUGGAAGGAGAACGCCAUACUAAAAGGAUUGUUCGCGAAGAAAUACGGAGAAUCCAUCUCUAAACUGGGCGAGCGAGAGGUCCCGUCGAUAACGGAAGACGACGAGGGCGACGAUGUUACGGCGGAAAACGAAACGGGAGUUUACGACAACGAAGUUCCUUUAAAUGAAGUCAAACGUUACGGUGGGUUUCUUCGCAAAUUCGGCCCAAAAAGAAGCGUCUUGGUGGACGACACCAGCCGGCAGGAGUUGCAGAAGCGAUAUGGUGGUUUUAUGCGAAGAAUUCGCCCGAAGUUGAGGUGGGACAACCAAAAGCGAUAUGGCGGUUUUUUACGGCGCCAUUUUAAAAUCUCCGUGCGCUCUGACGAAGAGCCCUCAUCGUACGAGGACUAUGCUUUAUAGGCUGUUGUAUGAUAUAUAACUCAACUAGAACUCAUUUUGCCAACGCAUUGCAGUUUCCCCCCCAAAAAACGUCAUGAUCUUACACGUGUUGAGGCUGUUUUACUAUCCCAAAUGGCUGCUGAUCUCUGGACGCCAUCAAUCAUCUACCAUCAACCUGUCAAUCAUGCCCUCAGGACGUUUCAGUGACCGACAACUUGUUGUUCCCCAUGAACUUUACCCCAUGUAAGCAAUCAAUACAUAGCUACUGCAAAUAAUGCUUGUUUAAGAUGACCAAUAAAGGGCAAGAACAUCAUUACCUGCUAAAA